AUGGCAAAGACCGAGCUCAACGAGCCCAUCACAGACGCCGAACUUGACGAGCCCGGCGUCUUCUGGAAAAUAUCGCCCGAAGAGUUCGACGAGGACACUCCACGCCGCCCCUACAUGACCUUUCAGACGACGCCCGGCGAUUUCGAGCACUUGGUGAUCAAGAUAUGGUCUCAUGAUCAGGGAUGGUGCAGUGGACCAAACAAUGUCGGCGACCCCUAUGAGAAUUCUUGGACCUGGUUCGCCUUGGGUGUAGUGUCUGAAGACGGCAAAGUCCUCGACGAGCAUCUAUUCGACUUCCAGACCAACGUACGGGCCUCGGACUCGCUUGCGUGCCACACCAACGAGUGGAGAAUAGGAGCCCCUGGAGCGGGAGAAGACGUCGACGAUGAAAGCCUGCUGGAUGGAUUCCUGGAGUCCCUGGCGUGCCCUCCGGCUCAAGAGAUAGGAAUCUUUCCCCUGGCGCGAUACAAAGGCUGGAAGAACUCGGUGGUCAUGAUGGAGGUCCAGAUCAAGCAUCACAGAACAGUUGCCGGGAAAGAGGAACUCAUCUAUAAGGUUAGACUGGCUAUAAACGCGAUGCCACUCCAUCAUCAGCAUCGACCGGCAUGGUUAUACGUCUUAGCAGGCACCUUGGCGACGCGUUAUGGCGAAACUAUACAAGACCUGGAAGAAGCCGUCGCCCUUGGCAGGAGGGCCGUGGCGAUAGCUGACCCGGACAGCCACCUCCGAUGGACAGCCGUGAUCUAUCUGGAGCAGCUUCUGGCCACCUACUACGAGCGGACCAAGGCGGUCGAAGCCCUCGAAGAAGCAAUAAGCCUAACCAUGGAAGUCAUCGCAGCCAUCCCCGACGAUGGUGGUGAGCAACCGGAGGCUUACCGCCAUCUCGGACAGCAUUUCGACAAACGCUUCCGUCUGACUCAUGCCAUCAAGGACCGCGACCGAUCGACCGAGUGCUUCCAUCUGGCUCUCCGAUGCUCCGGCGGAAUCCAUGAUCGUGUCAGAGCUGCCCAUCUCGUCUCGACAAACUUCAUUUUGACCUCAACGUCCGACAAGAAGUAUUGGGCUUCACAGACCUCGGGAAUCGCUGCUGACGCUACCGCCAUCGCUCUGCACUUUGGAAGAGGUCCCUUGUUAGCCCAUCCGGAACUCGCCGCCAAAUGGGAGUCCGUCUCGCGCCGCCUCGCCGAGCCCGUUUCGCAACAUGAUCAAGUCGAUGCUCAUUCCGUAUCGUCUCUGAUGGACCAGCGACACCUUGAUAUCCGCUACCUGACCCAACUCCUCGAUGAGAUUCGCAAAAAGGAUGAUACUGAUGUCCUCUUUCAGGGCAUGAAGAUCGAUGGCGUAUACCAAGUGGCUGCUCGGGGACCCGUUGUGAUGCUCAACGUGAGCGUCCACAGAUGCGAUGCCCUCAUAAUCCAACCAUCUGCUGUAAAAGAUCUGCCGUUACUUAACCUAAGUCUUGGAUCCAUCUGGGCUCGGAUCAACGACAUUCAGUCCAUGACAACGCUAGAAUGGCUCUGGGACGACAUUGUCGAACCAGUCCUCGACGCCUUGGGCUAUACCGGCUAUGUCGUUGCCGUCUCAAUGCAGGAGACGCCUGAUAUGGGCCCUCUGAUCCACACCGACGACGAGAUCAACGCCGUGCGGCAAACCUGCGGCAUCUUUCACUUUGCCGGCCAUGGCUGGGCUGCAAAGGAUCCACUCCAGAGUCGCUUGUGUCUGCAGGAUUGGAAAACCCGCCCCUUGACGGUGGAACGACUCAUCGAGACAGAUUUCAGCUCAAGCCUGCCAUUCCUCGCCUACCUCUCGGCUUGCGGCACGGGAAAAAACAGCGAGCAUGAUUCGGCCGACGAGAGCGUUCAUCUGGCGGGCAUGUUCCAGCUGGCUGGCUUCCGACACGUCGUCGGCACCCUCUGGGACGUCGACGACCAGGUCUGCGUCGACAUGGCCACCAUGAUAUACGAGUCCCUGGGCGUCAACGGAAUCAACGACGGGGCUGUGAGCCUGGGCCUGCACCAUGCCACUCGGGCCCUGCGCGAGAGAUGGCGGCGUGAGCAGAGUGCUGCAGAGGCUCUCAGGAAGCGAGACAUAACCAUGGACGACGACGGGGUAUUAAAGGCUCCUCCGUGGGUCCCGUAUGUUCAUUUUGGCGUCUGA